AUGUCAAAUGGAGGGGAUUUUAAAGCUGGUUGGGUACAAGAUUUGGUUGUUACUUUUGAUGAUUUGUUGGCAUCUUUUGAACCAACAGAUGAGGGAGAUGUUUCUGCUAAAGUUGAUAUUGUUGAUGCACAAAAACCUGAAGAGUUUGAUGGUCACAUAGUUGGAGGAAGUAAAUCUUCCUUUUCCUCAUCCUCAUCUUCAUCCAUUUCUACCUCUCCAAUAGCUAUUUAUGGACACAUAAGAACAGCUAUGAAUAUCCCCGUUGAACGAUUAUUUUUAUCAACACCAAUUGGAAAUCAACGCCGUUGGGCUUCCUCAAAUGCCCAUUCCCGAUUAUUUGCCCGUCUCGGAUUAACAACUAAAAGGCCUGUAGUUGUUUAUGAUGAACUUUCUUCCCUUCGAGCUGCGUCGGUUUGGGCAGCUUUGCAAAGAACAAAUUUCACUGCUUCUCUGUAUUUUGGGGCGUGGCCUGAAUGGUUAAUUAGAGCGCCCGAUCAUUUAAAAAGUAUUCCUGAGUAA